ACAAAAUAACAUUUGUACAAGCUUUGAGCUCUCUCUAGAAACAACCGACUCACUCUUCUUGAACCAACUUUUAAAAUCAUACUAACUUUGAUCAUAUAAAAGCCCUAAUUUCUUCUUCUCUCAGAAAUUCAAUUGAACUGAAAUCUCUGCAUUUCUGGAAUUUUUUUUUCUCUUCUAGGACGUUUUAAUGGCGGCUUCGUUAAGGUGGAAGAGCUUCUUCGAGGAGGAAGAUCGUCCAGAAAAGCCUAGAAGUUUUGGCGUCACUGAAAUUCGCGGUCCUCAAUACUCUCUCUUCUCUCAAAAUGUUCUUGAGGAUGUUUUCGAGUCAAUGGGGCAGUUUGUUGAUGGUCUGAAGUUUUCUGGAGGUUCUCAUGGCCUAACACCAGAGAGCUAUAUUAAAAAGAUGACUGAUAUGGCGCGCAGGCAUGAUGUUUAUAUCAGUACUGGUGAUUGGGGUGAAAACUUGCUCCGUAAAGGCCCAUCUGCUUUGAAACAUUACAUAGAGGAAUGCAAGCGCUUGGGUUUUGAUACAAUUGAGCUAGAUGCGGGUUCACUUGAGCUUCCUGAAGAAACUCUUUUAAGAUACGUGCACAUGAUUAAGGAUGCAGGACUGAAGGUCAAGCCUCAGUUUGCAGUUAAAUUUGACAAGUCUGAUGUACCAUUGUCCGGAAACAGAGCAUAUGGCGCCUAUAUAGCCCCAAGGCCCCGAUCUUAUGAUUUUGUUGAAGAUGUAGACCUCCUAAUCCGAAAGGCAGAAAGGUGUCUGGAGGCUGGGGCGGACAUGAUAAUGAUUGACGCUGAGGAUGUUAGCCGUCGAGCUGAAUCACUAAGAGCAGAUAUCAUCGCCAAGAUUAUUGGUCGACUAGGAGUUGAGAAGACGAUGUUUGAAGCUGCAGAUGCCAGAGCAGCUGAUUGGUUUGUCAGCCAAUAUGGUCCUAAGGUGAACCUUUUUGUGGAUCAUUCCCAAGUGGUAGAUCUAGAGUGCCUCCGCGGGCGCAAAGUGGGCAAAAAUCACAUGUCUGUUCUCGGUUCUGCAUAUCGUCUGUUAUAAGGUGAACUUUGCAAAUACGGUAUAAUUGUUGUGUCUAUGUGCGUGCCCCCCUUAUUUUAUUUAACUGCAGUCGUGCUAGCUGUACUCUAAAGAGAACAUGUGGAAGAGUCGUAUGAAUUUUGUAACUAUCAGUACUCCAAAUUAUUAUAAUCGUGUUCUGAUAUGUGAUGUCUUUAUAUGCGGUUGGUGAUCACCAGAUGCAGAUCCUGGCUUGUACUUUGUGCUCUAAAUUUUGUACUUUUGGAAUUUUCUGCCCUUGGUGUUUUGGGAACUGAUUUAAGCACUCCCCUACAAUUAAUUUCUAUAGUUCUCCUUGAGAGGAGCAUGAGAUUCUGUGCUA